GUUCAUCAGAUCAACUUUCAACCUCAUACAGGAUGCACUGCAAAUGUAAUGAUCCUGGAUAACUGCUCCUGGCAGGAAGCAGAGCAGCUACCAGGCUGAAUGCCACUCACUGAGAAACAACAGGAAUAAAUCUGUGCCUGUUAGCUGAAGGAGUCUACUCCUGUACUGGUAACUGAGAUACAGCAGCAGGGCAGAGCUUCAACAUUGAGAGAACAGGAGUACAGAGCUCCAGCACUGAGAGAGCAGGAGUACAGAGCUCCAACACUGAGAGAACAGGAGUACAGAGCUCCGGCACUGAGAGAGCAGGAGUACAGAGCUCCCACACCGAGAGAGCAGGAGUACAGAGCUCCAACACUGAGAGAAUAGGAGUACAGAGCUCCAGCACUGAAAGAACAGAAGUACAGAGCUCCCACACUGAGAGAGCAGGAGUACAGAGCUCCGACACUGAGAGAGCAGGAGUACAGAGCUCCAACACUGAGAGAACAGAAGUACAGAGCUCCCACACUGAGAGAGCAGGAGUACAGAGUUCCAGCACUGAGAGAACAGGAGUACAGAGCUCCCACACUGAGAGAACAGGAGUACAGAGCUCCGACACUGAGGGAGCAGGAGUACAGAGUUCCAGCACUGAGAGAACAGGAGUACAGAGCUCCAACACUGAGAGAACAGGAGUACAGAGCUCCGACACUGAGAGAGCAGGAGUACAGAGCUCCAACACUGAGAUACAGCAGCAGGACAACGCUUCAACACUGAAAGAACAGCAGGAUGGAGCUCCAACAGUGAGUUACUGGCAGCAAAAGCCCGAAAACUUGGCUUUUGAGAGGGAACAAGGAAGAAGCGCCUGGAAAAUCCGAAGGCACCGCCAGGCAAUAUCCGAAUGUUUCCCGUCAGCUCUCGGCAACAGACAGCGAAGGGAAUCUGAAAGCAACGGCCGGAGAUGGAGAAUCAUGCCUCAUCCGAAAGUUCAGAGCCGCAAGCAGAUAACCCGGGCGAGGCGGCGGAGGAGGACGAGGACCGGCCGUGCUCGGGGGCGUGCGAGCUGGAGUGCGACAUCUGCUUCAGCGGCUUCGACAACGUCUUCAAGCUGCCCAAGCUGCUGGCGUGCGGCCACACGUUCUGCCUGGAGUGCCUGGCGCGGAUCAACGUGAGCUCGGAGACGGUGAGCGCGGUCAGCUGCCCGGUGUGCCGGCGCCUCACGCCGCUGCCCCCGGGCAAGGGGCUGCCGGCCUUGGACAACAACCGCGAGGUGCUGCGCCGGCUGCCGUCCGGGAUGCGCGGCGUGCCGUCCAUCCGCUUCAGCCGCGACAAGGGCCGGCUGUACACCACCGGCGCCGAGCCCGGCUCCUUCCUCAAGCCGGUGCAGCUCAGCAGCGUCAGCCUGAGCCUGGACGUCGGCCAGCCCGCCCGCCGCAGCUCCGAGCCCCGGCCCCGGCACCUCGACUGGCUGCCCUUCCGCUCCGGCGGCUGCUACUACGUGGCCAUCGGCUUCGUGCUCGUCUUCACCGCGGCCCUGGUGCUGUCCGGGAUCUUCCUCUUCGUCGUCAUGCCCACCCGCGCCGCCGCGGGCGCAGGGGGGGGCUCCGACGGCAGGAACGUGACCAACCAAAGCCCCUAG